AUGCCGCUUUCUCAACGUAAAUUAUCAUCAGCAAAACAUCCUUUAUCCGAAACAAAAAUUAUCGAAGAAGACGUUGUUUCUUUGAUAGCCAACCUUGAUAACGAAAAAUCUGAUGAUGAAUUUGAUCUGAACGAGUCUUUAUUCUUUCCGACAACUUGGACUACGAAAGGUUCUUUAACUUGCGCUUUCUGGGAACUUCCUAAUUGGUUGCAAGACAACAAUGACAUCAUUCGAGGUUAUCGUCGUCCAACAUUUUCAUAUUUGAAAUGUAUAAAAUCUUUAUUUUAUCUUCACAAUGAAAGUGUCAACAUUUGGUCCCACCUUUUUGGUGCGAUCCUUUUUGCUGGUCUUUCAUUGGCUACUCACUUUUACUUAAUGGACCAUCCAACUUUGAAGCAGUCAGAUUACAUUGCGUUUUAUUGUUUUAUGGCGGGUGCAAUGAUAUGUCUUGGAUUAUCUUCGUCCUUUCACACCAUGUGUUGUCACUCGGAAAAGGUUUGCGCGAAUUGGAAUAGAUGUGAUUAUGUUGGCAUUGUUGCCUUGAUUAUUGGGUCUACUUGUCCAAUAAUAUAUUAUGGUUUUUAUUGUAAUAAUCUAUUAAAAAUUGUUUAUCUUACAAUGAUGCUUGUGUUUGGAGGCGCAACAAUUUCUGUAGCAGUGGCUCUUAGAUUUAGAAGACCAGAAUUUAGGUGGUUUAGAACUGGAUUGUUUGUAGCAUUAGGUGGAAGUUCAGUUAUUCCAGUAAUACAUGCUAUUUUCUUAUAUGGGUUUCAUUUGAGUUAUGAGGUCAUUUCCCUCAAAUGGUUGGCAAUUACUGGUUCAUUAUAUAUGUUUGGCGCAUUUCUUUAUGGUACAAGAAUACCCGAGAGGUUGUUUCCUGGUAAAUUUGACAUAUGGGGAUCAUCCCAUCAAUUUUUUCAUUUCUUUGUUGUAGCGGCGGCUGUAUUUCAUUACUAUGGAGUUUUUCAUUCUAUGUUAUAUUGGCAUAAA